CCACGAAUGCCCACCCGUCCCCCUUCUCCUCCUUUUCCGCCUAGUGUUUUGUAAGCACCCACCUGCUGCCCCGCUUCUCCCGCUCCUUUCACUCGGUGGGGGGCCCCGCUUGUACGAAGCGCGACUCCCUUCGCGCGACGACGCCGACACCGCCGCCUUCCCCUCAGUCUUGUGGGAAAGAGUCCCUUCGGCUCAGGAAGGCGAGCGCAAUGGCGGGCGCUCCCCGCGCGCUGCUGCUGCUUUGCCUUUGCCUCAGCUGGAGCCUGCUCGUGGCCCCCGGGGAGCCGGCGCUGGAGCGCUCGGGCGGGUUACGGAAAAGAAGCGGCGGGGGCAGAAGCCGGGCGGCGGCGUUGGCGACAGGUGACCAGCCUGCCCCGCUCGUCGUCUCCCCAGAGGACAAGGUCUCGGAACACAUGCUCCGGCUCUACGACCGGUACAGCGGCGGUCGGCCCGAGGAGUCUGCGCCCGGCGCGCCGCAGCUACUCCACCUCCGCGAGGGAAACACGGUGCGCAGCUUCCGAGCGCUGCCAGCAGGGAUCCCUGGCAACAAAGAAGUGCGGGUUUUUAACCUGACCUCCCUCACCAAGUCUGAGAACAUCUUGUCUGCUCUGUUGCAUUACUAUGUUGGGGAUCUGCAGAACAGUAGCAAUAACUGCCCUCAUAUCAAGGGCUGCUCUCGCCAUGGGCACAGGAAGCCCGGCAUGCAGAUCAGCCUCUCGCUGUUGAGUUUUCCUCCAUCGGGAAACCAAACUCGGACCCUGGGGCAUUACCCCAUCAACAUCUCCACUGCUUUUCGGGACGUCCUUUCUUGGCAGUGGAAGAACAUUACUCAAGUCUUGAGUAAGGCAAAGCAGAACAACGACCUGCUCAUUGGAGUCAAAAUGGCCUCUGUCGGCCGGCACACCUGGAAGAACAUGCAUCCCAGCUACGAGCCGUACAUUCUCGUUUACGCGAACGACUCUGCGAUUUCGGAGCCUGAGAGUGUCGUCUCCAGCUUGCAAGGGCACUGGAGCCCACUUCCAGCCAGCUUUCCAAAACUAGACAGCCAUUUGAAACGCGGGCUGGGGGAACGGCGGCAAAAGCGCUCCGCCAGCGUCUUGCUCCCUCUGCAGAACAAUGAGCUCCCGGGCGCUGAGUACCAGUACAGCGAGGACGAAGGUUGGGAGGAGAGGAAGCACUACAAAACGCUGCAGCCCCGGCUGGCGGAGAGGGCGAAGAACAAGAAGAAGCAGAGAAAGAACAACCACCAGAAAAGCCAGACGCUGCAGUUCGAUGAGCAGACCCUGAAAAAAGCAAGGAGGAAGCAGUGGAAUGAGCCGAGAUACUGCACACGGCGCUACCUCAAAGUGGAUUUUGCAGAUAUUGGCUGGAGCGAAUGGAUUAUUUCCCCUAAAUCUUUUGAUGCUUACUAUUGCUCAGGUGAAUGCCAGUUCCCGAUUCCAAAGGCCUUGAAGCCCUCCAACCAUGCAACUAUCCAAAGCAUUGUGAGAGCUGUGGGUGUGGUCUCUGGGAUUCCAGAGCCUUGCUGCGUCCCAGACAAGAUGUCGUCUCUCAGCAUCUUAUUCUUCGAUGAAAACAAGAACGUGGUACUCAAAGUCUACCCAAACAUGACAGUGGAAUCCUGCGCCUGCAGAUAACACCCUCCCCUGCAACCCAAGAAGCCUUAUCUUAA